AGCUGGUUCGAUGAUCAGUUAUCGGGUGGAAAGAAAACGCCACCAGUGUGUAAUACACAAGUGUGUGUGAUAUUCUGUUUUCAUAUUCUUAAAGAUGAAAAUUCGGAUGAUUAAUAGGUGUAAACACCAAUAAACAGUGGAAUUGUAAUAAUUGUUGCUUAAUUUGAAUCAUCAACGAUGGGUGAGCCUGCGGGGCCGAUUCUUCACGUCAUUGUCGUCGGAUUUCAUCACAAGAAGGGCUGUCAAGUGGAGUAUUCAUUUCCCCCACUAGUUCCAGGUUCCCCAAACGAAUGUCCUCUAGGUUGGAAAUACCUUCCAACCCUUGCCCUACCUGAUGGAUCUCAUAAUUACGAUGAAGAUACAGUGUAUUUUCAUUUGCCAAGCAUCACACAUCCCAAUAAAACUGUUUACGGGGUCUCAUGUUUCCGCCAGAUACCAGUCGAGAAGCUGAAAAAUCGUACAUCAGAUAUCACCAGAGGGACAGUACAAAAAUCAGUCUGUGUUUUGAGUACAUUACCCCUUUAUGGACACAUUCAGGUGAAAAUGUCACUUAUUACACAUGCCUAUUUCGACGAAGGAGAUUUCAGUAAGGUUUCACUGCUGGAAGACACCUUUCGACAUUUAAACGCUUGUAUGAGGGGAGACAGUCAAAUUCCACCUCAAGUAUUCGUUGGAUUAUCAGCAAGAGAUUUUAUCCUCCAAUUUCGACAUAAAGCCCUGCUACUGUUCAAACUUCUAUUAUUAGAGAAGAGAGUCGUCUUUUAUCAAUCACCAGUGCAACCUCUCUGUGCGGCAAUACUCACCCUUCUUUCUCUUCACCCUGGAAUGAUUGAAAGUGGCCUCACGAGAGCUGCAUGCGUCAAGCCAUCGCGUCCAAUGUCUCCAAUUCCUACAUUCGAGAGUGAAGAGGAUUCCCUAAACUCGAAAGAAACAGAAAAAGUGCAAGGAAAAAAUGAUGACAAGUCUCAUCCCCUAAAAUCUAAUGGAACUAAUGAUCAGCCUCUCCUCCUGAAUGACAAUAAAACUCUUGAGACGAUGGAGGGAAAGUCCCUGAACUCAAUAAACUCUAAAUUGUCACGGAAAAAUAGUAACGGCCGGGAAAAUGUGCCGACUCUGGAGGUCAUUGAGGUGGAAUCCACGACUGAGGGCAGAGAUUUAAACCAGGAAUCCACGAAUGAAGAAGAGAAUUCGAUUAAGGGACAGGAGAAUGUUCAUCGGGUUCAGACAAAUAAUGGUAAUUUCGGUGUAGGCGAGAAUGGGGUUUUGCCCAGAGAUACGAGUAGCGAUGCUCUUUCUGAGGCAAGGGUCACGUCCAAUAUCACGCAGAUGGCACAUGUUAAUCCAGAGGAGUGUGGAUUACCUAUGAAUCUCUUCAGUGAGGGGUACUUAUGCCUGCCAUACCUAUCUCUCCCUUACCUCGAUCUUCUAGGAGACACUAACGUUCGCGGAUACAUCGUCGGAGCCACAAAUAUUCUUUUUAAACAAAAGAAACAACUCAUUGACGUAUUGAUUGAGGUGGAAAGUGGGAGAAUUGAAGCAACCGACCCAGAAUUAAGGAGACUCCUUCAUUUAACGACUGAAGACCUAAGAUUCGCUGAUUACGUUGUGAGACACGUGGCCGAGCCACGAAAGGAUGUAUUUUUGGAUGGAGUGGGAUGGGAGGGUGGAGACGAGUGGAUCAGAACACAAUUCCGGGUGUAUCUACUGAGUUUAUUGAGGACUUCGAUUCAACAGGAUACGAGACAAUCUGACCAUUUCAAUGGCGCUUUCAUGGCUGCUUGGAAGGCGACGAAUAAUUAUCAAUCUUGGGAAAAUUGUUUGAAGAAUGAGAUUAAUUCGGUGGAACCUGGACAUCCAUUUGCUGGCCAGCUCUCUGUUCAAGACAUGAAGCUCAGAUUAUCACACACGAUGCAAAACACGGAAUCAGGGCGAAAAAUAAAUCAGGCGAUGGCGACAACCGGAAGAGCAGUGGCCACGACCGGAAAAGCCGUUGGUGGAGCUCUCUCUCAAGCCAAGGGUGCCUUCACGACGUGGUGGAGCACCCUGACGACAGUUCAAUCCUUAGACAUGGAAGGCAAACCUGAAAACUCUCCACAAAACAAUCCCCUCAGUGACGGCGGUGCUGACGAAUACAAAUGUAACGAGAAUCAAAUGACAAUUGUUUCCAACGAGUUGAAAACGUCUGAGGCUGUUGGAACACCAGUCGAUGUCGAUUUACAAUCGAUGGAUCCAAAGAAAGGACAGGAAAUUUUCAAUUCAUUUUAGUCAUUGAAGAUUUGUGAGUGAAGUAAAGGGAGAAAUUGAAAAGAUCAUGAUUGAACUAUUUAUAAAUCCAUUGCUAGGUUAAAAAUUCAAUUUUUGUUGAAAAUAUUUUUUCCCAGAAAUUGGGUCUUCAGUUGUUUCAUAGUCAAAUUUAAUCUUUCUCUGUUUGACAACAAAUGAUGAAAAAUUCUAUUGAGAAAAAAAUUUUCACGAGGAUAUUUAUCUGUUUACUCCAUUCAGUGUCAUUUGUCAGUAGUGAAGUGAUAAAAAUAGAUAAAUCUAAACAUGACAGUCAGAUUAUUUACCGAAUAUUCCACAAACGUGUGGUUUUAGAAAUAUUCAUCAAGAGAUGUUUUCUAUAAAAAUGUCUAUUUCCCACAGAAAAAAGCUUCUUGAUGUUCUCUCUUAGACCCGCUAGCUUCCACGAUAUUCGCAAACAAUCGGCCUAAAAUUUAUCAACUCAUCUUCUAUUCUUCAUCACUUCAUUCCCGAAUUGCCAUUCCCAUCAAUUAUUAUUAUUGUGAUUAGUAGUGUAACUUAAAGUCAACAAAAUUACUUUAAAUUUUGCAAUCGAAUGAACCUGAAAAUAAUUGUCAUACGUAGUAUGUAAUCAUAAAAUGGUAUUAUUAUGAUUAAACCCAAUCAUUAUUCCCUUUCCCAUUUCCCCAAAUUUAUUAAUUAUAGCGCGAUCCCUAAUUUAUCCCUUAUAUCAGAGUUGUAAAUUUUUCUUAAUUCUUAAAACCGUUUAAUAAAUAUAAUUUUUGUUACCUCAAAACAACCAAAGAAUAAAUGUUUGA